GGGCGGUUCCUUAAGUUCACAUCCCACAACAGUAGUGUCGGUAUCGACACAGUAACAAUGUCGAGGACCUGGAACAGUCUGUGUGGAAUAUUUUAAACAUUUUGAACGAAGAUACUUAUUUAUUUGUCGUAUGUCAUCGGUUAAACGGAGGUAACAGUCGAACACGAAAAGGAAAAGACCGUCUGAGUCCGCCGAUGGAUCGGUACGAUAAUCUGGAGUUGGACCUGGAGUGUGAUGGAGGAGGCGUCGCUCAAAAAGCAGCAUUGUUUGGUGGGAUGUUCAAAAGAUCCUCUAAAAUUGUCGAGCCACAGGACAACCUGUCAUCCAACGGUGAUCUUUCAAAGAGCACUGAGAGUCUGACUGACAACAACAAGGACAAGGGAGUGUUAAAAGGAAUGUUUAAGAAGACGACCAAGUCGACAAAGGAAACGUAUCCAGAAGCCACACAGUCAGAACAGGAGCCCCACGUCUCCAGUGUUGACAGUUCAUCAGUGAACAAGGCAUCAAAGGAUAAUUCAGGUGUUUUGGGAGGGAUACUGAAACUGCCUCACAAACCAGGCCAUGUCCGCAGGCCUUCACAGGAUCUUUUGGAGUGUGAACUCUCCGCCACUAAUGGAGGUUUGCCUGAAAACACCAGCGCUAAGGAAUCUGCUGGGAUGUUCAGUGGAAUGUUCAAGAAAAGCCCAAAGUCAUUUGGAGCAAGGACACAGUCUCAGGAGGAUUUGACGGCACCCAACGAGCUCUCAGGAAGCAACGACAACCUUUCUCUGACUGGUAACACGAAGGAGUCUGCUGGGAAGUUCAGUGGGAUGUUUAAAAAAUCACCAAAACCAUUUAGAGCCAGGCCUCAAUCCCAGGAGGAUUUAACGGCACAGAGCGAGGUCUCAGGCAGCAAUGACAAUCUUUCAGCUGCUGGAAACACCAAGGAGUCCAGUGGGAUGUUUAAAGUGUUUAAGAAACACCCAAAGAGAGCGCAGUCCCAGGAUGAUUUAUCAGCACCAGAUGAGCUGUCACGCAGCAACGACAGUCUGUCUGAGACCAACACCAAGGAAAAAGGAGGAAUAUUAAGUGGUUACUUCAAGAGAAAAGUUCCAAAAUCUUACUCUCAGGAUAAUUUAUUCAUGGAUGACGAACUGUCUGCCAGCAGUGAAAACCUCACAGGGAAGUCGUCAAAGGGCGGAGUCGCAGCAAAGCUCCUGAAGAAUCCUUUCUCCUCCUCCUCCUCAUCUCAGGAGAAGGACAAAGAAGGUGACUCACAGGAGAACAGCUCCUCCACAGAGAAGCACAAACACAAACAGAGCGGCUUCAGCGCGAUGAUGAAAAGCACGUUCUACGCAGACAAACCGGAGAAGAAGGCCGACUCCGAGGACGAGGAGUUAGUGGACAGAGAGGAGCAGUCGGGUCACAAACAGAACAAACUGGUGGGAGCCAUGAACAAACUAAAUCCUUUCCGAUCUGCAAACAAAAAUGACAAAAUUUUGGGUUCUGAUGAAGAGGAUCUACCUGAGAAGACCUCCAAGAGCGCAGCCAUGCCCAAACUGAAUCCAUUCCGCACUGGAAAUAAGAAAGAUCCUGAGGAUACAGAAACACCCAGAGAGAAGGAGCAGAACAUGGAGGAGAAACCGGUCAAAGGCACCGCCGUCCAGCAAGACAAGGGAGAAUGGAAGGAACGAAGUGAGACCCCGCAGCCGCCGCCAAGACCUACCAAAGAGGAGAUGAAGAAGACAUCUGCCUACAACAAAGUGAAAACAAGAGGAACUGAGGAUCCUCAGAGCCAAUCAGACGAUGAGUCAGCUGAGGUUAAAGGUGGAGACGAGCUGAGAGCCACCGAGAGCCAACCCGUGAAAAAACACAAGGACAAGCCGUACAGGCCACGAGCUCCAGCCAAGGCUAGCUCUGAUGAUGACGAGCUGAAAGACGAAGAGGAAUCUUUGUCCCAAGAUGAAAAGAAAGAUGAGGAGGAGGAGGAGAAAAAAGCGACCAAAGUCAAGAAACCAAAGAAACACAAUCCUUUCAUGCCACGGGUCAAGGCCAAAGUGAAGCAGAGAUCGGCGCAGACUGAAGCUGACAACGCAGAGGAGGCUGAAGGUGGAAACCGGUCUCUGUUCGACCGACUGGAGGACUUACGUGAGCCGUCACGGCCAGAAACAAACACUGAUGACGUGGAAGAUCUGAUGGAGUGGUGGGACACGGUGGAGCAAUGGGAGGACACGCCACAGGAAGACGAUAUGACAGAAAAAGAAGAGGCCAAGGCCUUUGCUGUAACGGCUGAUAAGGUUCAGAAAGGAAUCCGUGUCUUCAACAAACUGUUCUCAGAGCGAGCGGAGAGCCUGUGGCAGCACGUCAUCGACCUCAACGCCAUCGCUGACGGUUUGGACAAAUUUAACAAGAAGACAAAAAUUGCCCAAAUCACCGGUGGAUCCACGAGUGCCAUCGGCGGGGUGGCCACCAUAGCCGGCCUGGCUCUGGCCCCGAUCACCAUGGGAACGUCUCUGAUUGUGACGGCGGUGGGGUUGGGUGUGGCCACAGCAGGUGGCCUGACGUCGGCGGGCGCCGGCAUCUCCAACCAGGUCAACAACUCACUGGACCGGAAGAAGGUGGAGAAGAUUGUGCAGGACUACCAGAAGCAGAUGGUGGACCUGAACAAGUGCCUGAAGUUCAUCAAGCAGGGAAUCGAAAAUCUGCGCAGGUUUGACCUGAUUAAGAUGAAGAACCACGCAUACAACAACGACUUCCCCGUCCUGAGCAGCCGGUUCUACGAGGACGGCGCCAUGGCGGGGAAAGCCAUCCUCAUUAACGCCAACGAGAUCAUGCGUGUGGUGCAGAUCGCCAACGUGGCCGGUAGCACGGCGGCCAGAGCUGUCCAGAUCGCCAGCAUGGCCACCGGCGUUCUCACCGGACUCUUCGUCGGGAUGGACAUUUACUUUGUGGCCAAAGACUCCAAGGAGCUGAAGAAAGGAGCCAAAUCUGAGUUCGCUGCCAAGAUCAGGGAGGUGUCCAUGCAGCUGCACGACGGUCUGGUGGAGCUGAAUUCUCUGCGAGAGGAGCUGCAGUCCACCAGCAGCGAGGACAAGGACACCGCCGACGUGGACAGCGAGAAGAAAGAGAAGGACAAUAAAUACGACAGUUCGGAGGAGGAUGAAAUCGACCGCAUCAAAAAAGCCAUCAAGAAGGACAUUGAGAACAGAGAAUAUGUUUGACCCCAAACCACUUCUCAUUUUUACAACGACUUCAUCGAUGCCAACGGUUUCUGACUCUGCUGCUUCGGUCUUUUGGGAAAAAAAGAUCAGCUUAUUUAUUUUCACAACUUUCAUCUAACAAUAAAACUACAUCAGGUAUUUUAACAGUACAGACAAAAGUGUAGAAUUGUGUGUAUGUUCUACACCUAAUGAUAUGAACGUCUUAUCAAAGUGUAUUGUUGACACUAGAGUGUGUGUUUGUGUGUGUGUAUGACCUCACCUGAAUGAGUGCCAUGUUUUUUAUUCUAAGCAUUUUUUGUCUCUUCUCACCUUAAAAAUAUCAUAUAAAUAUAUGGUCUGUAUUUAACAGGUUUUUUAUGUGUAAACUCGGACGACACGUAAGGUUUUCUUUGAUCUCAGAAUGUCUUGGUCAAUGAGGUCGUCUCGUGUGUGUGUUUGUGAAAAAGAACCUUGAACACAACAACUGGAAUGACAAAGUCUCACUCAUCACUCAUUAGCAGUAACUGUCUGCUGCGGCUGCUCUUCUUUUAUAGCACACUACCUUUUCAGGUCUAUUUUGGGUUAAUCUGGUUGUUGGGUUACACCUUCACGUGCAAUAUACUGUAGACCUUUGUUUGUAAUUGCUGUAAAUGUGCAGAUUCAUAAUAAAAACACUGAUAGUGA